AAAAUGGACGAGAAGAAAGUUGUACAAAGGUCGGGUUUAACAUCCUCUGUAAUUAAUAGCACUCCCUGGCACCAUCCGUAUCCAGGUCGGAAGGGCAUCCUAGGGUAAAAUAUAGUUUCCAUUGUUAAGUUCAUCUUCAUGGUUAUGUUUCGAUCGUCACAUCACUCUGCACGUUGAAGUCAGUCCGUUGAUAACCAAACAUGUCUACCACAGCUCUCUCGGAUCUACCCCGUCACCGGCUUGAAAGCGACGAUGACCUCAACAGGAGGAGGUCGUAUCCCGAUCAGGGUUGCCAGCGAGCAAAGGAUAUCAUCGUCGUUGUGGUGGUGGUGGUCGCCGUCGGGGCGUUGGUUUUAGCCCUGGUAAGCCUCGCCAAACCAGGACAUCUGGAGGUAGAAUAUGAACAGGAGUUUAACGGACAGAGUUUCCCGGGUGGUUUUCCUUGGUCCAACGAUAGAGUAUGGACAUUUGCCAUCGGUCAUUAUGGUGUCAAUCGAGAAUACUUAGACGAAUCAUCAGGAACUAUAAAGGGCUACAAUGUCGACAUCAUCAAUGCUGUUUGCAAUAUUGCCAACAAGAAUUGCCAGUUGAUAUACGAUGAUUAUGAACGAUGUUGGUCUUCUACUGCUGGCAAUAGGCCACGAGGAGGCGAGGGACUUCUAGGUCGUUGGUACGAUGCAUGUACAGGUUGGGGAAUCAACUAUGACCGAUCUAGGACUUUUGCAUUCACCAAAUCAUACAGUAAAACGCCAGGCUUGGGGAUAUAUGUAGCGAAUGCAACAACAAACUUUGAUUGGACGAACCUGAGCGGGCGCACUAUCGGUUUCAUGAACGGAUUUUCGAGCGAUGAGCACUGCUUGGCACGUUACGCUGACGAUCUGAUACAGGGUUCCAAGCUGUCUGUAUCAGCCAAUCAGAUAGUCUACUAUCAGACGCUUGAAGAUAUGGUGGCAGCCGUUAUCAAUGGAGAUGUGGACGCUGCCUUCUGCUAUGGUGAACCUAUACUGAGCCAGUUGAAGCUGGUAACCCAGUCAAGCUUCCCGAACCGCUGUGCCCUUGGAGGGUUUGGUAUGAUGACCCGCAAGGAUAACACCGCUUUCGUGACAUGGUGGAACGAUGCUUUCGACAAACUUGUCAACACCCAUCAGUACAGGAUGAUAUGUCAGGAUCUGAAGGAAGCACAUGGCCACAUGCCAGGUCAAAAUCCAGACGAAAUAUGUCUGUAAUCAAGGAAGAAAUGGCGCGAAGAUCCGGGCUGCUAGACAGACUGCAGACCAAGUUCACCCCCCAAAAAAAGUUUACUUGAAUGUAAGGAAUGAACAUAGCACUACGACGGAUCAGCAACAUUAUUCGAACCGUUUGAACAAAAAUCAGCAAUAAGCAUAAGAUUUGACGGAGUUAAUGUGGAACGUCUUUUACUCAAAUUUGUACGAAAGAUCUAUUCUCCGAAUCAGGACGUUUUUAACCCAUUUUAUACUGCACACUUUAAUAGGUUGAUAUACUUCUCAAAAUCAAAUACCUUCAUCAUUCAAAAGACCUAAUCACCAUUAGAGAACAAGGUAGUAGCAAUUAUUGAGGAUUUCCUUCCUAAGUUAGAAAAGUUCCACCCCCCCAUAUUUUCCCUCUCCAUGAAAAAGGCUAGGUCGGAUGUGCACUCAUAUUAGUAAUAAUAAAUAAUAACUUUCCUGGCGUUCAUCAACGAUCUGUUCUUCGCCCACUUUUAUUAUGAACAACUUAAAUUGCUCAUCCUCUAUUUCCAUUUUUAUCGGACUCGUUAUUUAUUAUAUAUUGGAGUUGGGGUGUCUACACUAAAAAAAAUUAAAAAGUACAUUUCCAACUUUUUUCUAAAUAAUUAUGGUGUUUUUAUUAUAUCUAAAAUGCAUUUGCAGCCUUUAUUAAAUUUAGUUUAUUCUUGCACUCGCAAAAUCAAUUAUGGGCACAUUAUUACGCGGGCUAUGUGUGCGGAAGUAUAUAUAAAAUAAAAUGUUAGAAAUGUUUAACAUGUCGUUGAACAUAUUUAUAAUACUCAUGUGUCUUCACCUUCAUUGUGGCAAAUAAGCGAUCCUUGAAAAUCAAAUAAAAAUACUCUUAAAACAU